AUGGAUGUUAAAUCGGUCUUGGAGAAUACGUUCUCUCCGGACGCAACAAUCCGGGGCAAUGCCGAAGAACAACUCAGACAAGCCCGCGAGGGAAACUUUUCCGAGUACCUUUCCAUCCUGUCCCGAGAACUCGCAAAUGACCAGGCCAGCGGUCCAGUCCGUCAGGCUGCUGGGUUGGCCCUCAAGAACGCCUUCACCUAUCGUGACAUCACCCGAUUAAGAGAAGUCCAGGCCAGAUGGCUACAAGGGGUGGAUCCUCACAUCAAGCGCCAGGUCAAGGAGUUGGCCAUCAAGACUUUGAAUUCUACCGCUCAAGCCGCCAGUUCCGCCGCUCAGCUCAUUGCGGCCAUCGCUGCGAUCGAACUCCCGCGCAAUGAAUGGCCUGAUUUGCUACCUGCUCUCGUCCACAACGUUGGUUCCGGAGAAGACAAACUCAAGCAGUCCAGCCUUACGGCGAUUGGCUUUAUUUGCGAAUCAGACGACGUGGAACUUCGCGAAUCUCUGGUCGGAUAUUCGAACGCCAUUCUUACGGCCGUGGUUCAGGGUGCAAGAAAAGAGGAGGCCAAUCAGGAUGUUCGGCUGUCUGCACUUUCCGCCCUCAGCGAUGCCACCGAGUUUAUUCGGACCAAUUUUGACAACGAGGGCGAGAGAAAUUACAUCAUGCAGGUCGUGUGUGAGGCGACCCAGUCCCAGGAUACUCGAGUCCAAGCUGCCGCCUUUGGAUGUCUGAAUCGGAUCAUGGGAAUAUACUACGACAAGAUGAGAUUCUACAUGGAGAAAGCAUUGUUCGGCUUGACCAUUGCUGGCAUGAAGAACGACGAAGAAGAUGUUGCAAAAUUGGCCAUCGAAUUCUGGUGUACGGUCUGCGAAGAGGAAAUCAGCAUCGAAGACGAUAACCAACAAGCCCAACAAGAAGGAUCCACCGAGUUAAGGCCCUAUUUUCACUUUGCUCGAGUCGCAGCUCGAGAGGUCGUUCCGGUUCUUCUUCAAUUGAUGACCAAGGUUUCCGAAGAUGAUGCCGAUGACGAGUACAAUGUUGCGCGCGCCGCUUAUCAAUGUCUUCAACUCUAUGCGCAGACCAUUGGGAAUGAUUUGGUUCCAGCGGUUCUUCAAUUUGUCGACACCAAUCUACGAAGUGACGAUUGGACAAAGCGAGAUGCCGCCGUAUCUUCAUUUGGCGCGAUCAUGGAUGGUCCGGAUAUCAAGACCCUCGAUCCCCUCGUCAAGCAAGCUCUGCCCGUCUUGAUCGGUAUGAUGCAAGAUCUGGUUGUCCAAGUACAAGAUUCUGCCGCCUUUGCUCUCAGCCGAAUCUGCGAUUAUUGCUCCGACUGUAUCGAUCCAUCGACGCACCUUCCACCACUCAUGUCUGCUCUUUUCGGUGGGCUCAUGGCCAAUCCCAAGAUUGCUUCAUCGUGCUGCUUGGCUCUCUUGAACCUGACUGAACGAUUUGUGGGCGAGGACGGGGCGUCAGUAAAUCAGCUCACACCACAUUUCCAAGACAGUGUCACCUCUCUACUCACCGUCACCGAGAAAGAGGGUGCCAACGAUCAACUACGUACGGCCGCUUAUGAAGUUCUCGGUGGUUUUGUGACCAAUGCCGCUCAUGACAGCUUACAGAUCGUCGCGGAACUAUCCAACGUCAUUAUGCAGCGUCUUGAGAGCACCAUUCCCAUGCAGAAGCAGAUUGUCAGCAUUGACGACAAAAUCACUCUUGAGGAAUUGCAAGUCAGCCUAAGCAGCGUUUUGCUUGCUAUUGUCCAGAGACUGGAACAAAAUAUCGCUCCUCAAGCCGACCGGGUCAUGCAGAUCAGUUUGGAAAUCCUCAACGUCACGGGCAAUACCAGUGUUCCGGAGGUCAUUUUCCAGAUUGUCAGUGGAUUGGCAAAUGCAUUGGCCGGAGAUUUCCUCAAGUACAUGGAUUCAUUUGUCCCUUAUCUCUACAAUGCUCUGGGCAAUCAAGAUGUUCCAGACAUGUGCUCCUUGGCUAUUGGCCUUGUCAGUGACAUUGUCCGUGCAUUAGAAGACAAGGCUCAACCUUAUUGCGAUACGUUCAUGAACUAUCUGCUCAACAAUCUUAGGUCUGACAAACUCCCCAAUCAACUCAAACCCCCGAUCCUAGAAACAUUUGGUGAUGUUGCCACUAGCAUUGGUGAACACUUCGACAAAUAUGUUUCCGUGGUGGCUCAAGUUCUUCAGCAAGCCAACAAUGUCUCUGUUGCCAAUGACGUCUCAUUUGACAUGCUAGACUACAUUGUGUCUUUACGAUCAGGAAUUGCUGAUGCCUGGUCCGGUUUGAUUCUAGCUUUCAAAGGCACCCCGAAAGCUCCUCUUUUACAGAAUUACGUUCAACCAAUUUUCGAAUUCCUGCAGACUGUUUCGCAAGACAUGAACCACAAUGAAGGCCUCCUUAGAGCUUGCAUGGGAAUUAUUGCUGACCUGAGCGAAACUUUCCCCGAUGGAUCCUUGGCAAAUUAUUACCGACAAGAAUGGGUGACAAAACUUAUCAAAGAAACUCGGACUGCUCGCGAUUUCUCUCCACGAACGACGAACGCAGCACGUUGGGCAAGAGAACAAGUCAAACGACAAACCCAACAUCAAGGUUCUAUCAUGAAUGCCUCAUAA